CUUUCAAUGAUGGUUUUCAUUUGUGAUAACUUCGUGAGUGAUUUGGUUUUACAAUCGUUUUGAUCAACAAGUGCUACAUCACUAGGUUCAAAAACUAAUCUUACCUUUUUCUACGCAAAACGCCAGUAGAAACAAACUUGCUACAAUCAGUGUCAAACGGUGUAAUCAAUAAGCUGUAACCACUCCAGUUGAGUAAAUUGUUUCUGGUUUUUGUAAUUUACUAUGUCGACGGUACGAAAACCAAAAGUGUUGGUUACCCAUCCCGAAACGCCAAUUUCAGCAAUAAAUCUAUUGCAAAAGAGUUGCGAUGUGACAAUAUGCGUGGGAUUACCAACACCCACUAGAGAAGAGAUUCUUUUCAAAUCGAAAGGAAUGGAUGGAAUUUUGUGGGCUACUCAUUGUGAGCUGAACGCUGAGGCACUGGAUGCUGCUGGCCCCCAGCUCAGAUCGAUUUCAACAAAAUCGGCAGGAAUUGACUUUGUUGAUGUUGCUGAAGUAAAACGACGUGGUAUUCCGCUUGGACAUACUCCCGGUGUUUUAAGUAAUGCUGUCGCCGAUAUGGCAGUCGGAUUAAUGGUAGCUGCAUCAAGACGGUUCACGGAAGCUAGAUGGAUUGUUGAGAGAUGCAAUUGGAACUUGGACAGUCCCUGCUGGAUGCUAGGCCAGGAUAUACAAGGUUCGACGGUGGGCAUUGUUGGUUUAGGUGGAAUUGGCCAGGCAAUUUUGAAACGAUUAAAGGGAUUCGAAGUUGGCUCAUUUUUGUAUACAGGACAUUCGGCUAAGGGAAACGAUGAUGCUCUUGGCGCCACAUUCGUAACAUUUGACGAACUGCUUGAGAAAAGUGAUUUCGUCAUCGUUUGCUGUCCAUUAAACAAUGAAACAAAGGAGAUGUUCAACGCUGAAGCUUUUUCUAAAAUGAAAUCGACCAGCAUUUUCAUCAAUGUCGCUCGUGGUGGUAUCGUCCAACAAGAGGCAUUAAUAGAUGCUCUUGUAAAUAAGAGAAUUUAUGCAGCUGGACUUGACGUUAUGUCUCCGGAACCUCUUCCUACCGACAGUGUCUUAUUAAAGUUGGAAAAUGUUGUUUUGAUACCACACUUGGGCUCAGCAACCAUAAAAACCAGAGAAGACAUGGCCAUUCUCGCCGCACAAAAUGUUCUCAAUGGAUUAGCUGGUGAAAAGAUGAUUUGUCCAGCUUGAUUAUAAUCACUCAGCAUUUCCAUACUUAUACACUGAUAAAAAAAUGUACGUCCAGUAUGUAUGAAAUGGCUGGCAGACAGCUUCAUUUCUGCCUUACUUCGGAUAUGUAUAUUCCAACGUCUGACAUGUAUAUCCAACGUCUGACAUGUAUAUCGUACAUGUCCGACGUAUAGUCAUACGUACUGCUCGUGACUAUUCUUGUCACUCGUAUGUUUGUACGUCAAACAUGUACGAUAUACUUGC